UCUCUUUAAUUUUUUGCCUUUAAAUGUCACAGUUGGUGCAGUUGUGGCGGUACCCAUUACCCAAAUAGCACUUAAUACACCAUAUGCAACAAACAAGCUCAUAAGUCUCUCAUUAUAGCUCUCUUAAACGCUGUCGUUUUACUCUAAACUCAUCAUCAUCAUCAUCAUCAUCAUCAUCAUCUUCUUCUUCUUCUUCUUCUCCUUCUUCUUCAUCUUUAUAUCUUUCUCUGCUUUUGUUUUUUUCUCAUUUGUGUGUGGAUACGUACACACACACGAAUAUGAGCUUUAGUGAAGGAGGUAAUGCUUUCAAGAGGAAAGGAAUCAAAGAAAUGGAUCAAACCCAUCAAAAGACUUCCUUUAUAGUUUCUUCUGUUAAAAACAGAAAGAAAGAUAAGGAUUCACAGAGCUUAAACAAGACCAAACGCUUCGCUUUGAUGUCGUUUAGGGACUUACCGGAGUACAUGAAGGACAAUGAGUUCAUUUUGAAUUAUUACAGAGCUGAUUGGCCUUUGAAAGAAGCUUUCUUUAGCUUACUGCGUUGGCAUAACGAAACACUCAAUGUUUGGACGCACUUACUUGGAUUUGUUCUAUUUCUGGGUUUGACUAUGGCGAAUUUUUUGGAAGUACCACAUGUUGUGGAUCUACUUGGUUUUUUUGCCAGGUCUCUACCAAUUAGUGCCGAUGCAAAUGUUUCCAACAAUUUCUCAUUGGGGACAACAAAACUGGUAGAUUUGAAGCAAAUAGCAUCAGCAGGAACAGAAUACAACAAUAGUUCAACACUUUUUGGCAAUAAUCUUCACACUGUAGAACAAUGGCCAUUCUUUGUUUUCUUAGCAGGUUCAAUGUUUUGUCUCCUCUCAAGCAGUGUUUGCCACCUAUUCUCAUGCCACUCCCACUCUCUAAACAUCUUUUUAUUGAGAAUUGACUAUGUUGGGAUAACCACCAUGAUCAUCACCUCAUUCUUCCCUCCAAUCUACUACAUUUUCCACUGUGACUCAAACUGGCACUUGGGCUAUCUUGGUGGGAUCACAGCCAUGGGGAUCUUCACCAUCAUCACCUUGCUCUCACCAAGGCUCUCGGCUGGCAAAUUCCGCGGUUUUCGAGCCCUGCUCUUCUCCUCCAUGGGACUAUUUGGCAUUGUCCCUACAAUCCAUGCUCUUGUUGUCAACUGGGACAACCCCAGGAGAAACCAUAUACUCUCUUAUGAGUUGGCCAUGGCAUUUUUCUACUUAACAGGGACUGGUUUUUAUGUUAGUAGGAUUCCAGAGAGAUUGAAACCUGGUUGUUUUGACUUGGCAGGACAUAGUCAUCAAAUCUUCCACGUUUUUGUAGUCAUGGGAGCUCUGGCACAUUAUGGGGCCACACUAGUAAUCUUAGAAUGGCGCAGCAAAUUUGGCUGUGUUAGAAGUAUGUGACUCCCUCUAUGAUACAAAUAAUUGGCUUUGUUUGUUUUGAUUCUUAUUUAUUGGUAAGGGUUUCUAUUCAUUUGCUUAGUAUAUACUUUAUAUAUUUAUAUUAUAAGCUAGUGUUGUAAAAUGUGCUGUAAUUCAAAUUUCCUAAAUAGGAAACAUUAGAGACAAAAAGAUGUAUUCAUUUUUUAUAACUAUUUUUACCAGCUAAA